AUGACCGUCAACGACGAGCUGCCCGACCCGUUUGCCACAAAAAGACGCAACAGAAGGGUGUUUAUAGGGUUCUGGAUCGUGAUGGGCGUGUCGCUCUUUGGAAUAUUCAAUUACGAAAAGGUUUCGUCGCCGGUGAUGAGCGCCACAAUGUACUUCCUCAGGAGAUCGGAGAAUGCGCGCUCGAAGCUGGGCAAAUCGAUCACCUUUGAGGGCAUUUUCCCGUGGAUCAGAGGUGAGCUCAACACCAUGAAGGGCAACAUCGACGUCGAGGUCCGUGUGGCCGGCGACAAGGCCGGGGCGCUGAUGAAGUUGAAGGCUGCGAGAGCCUCGCGCGGCGACAGCUUCCAGAUCGAGGAAUGGCGGCUUAUUUUCGACGACGGCACAACGAUGGACCUGCUGCAAGAUACGAGUGUUAAUCUGGAGUUUUAG